AUGGCGACAAUCAGUCCAAAUAUAUGGAUUGCUGCUUCUGACGGCAACGCGGAAAUUGUAUUGAAACAUUUACAAAACGGAGUAUCUCCAAAUCAACCCGAUGAAAAUGGAUAUACUGCUAUGCAUGCAGCUGCAUCUUACGGCCAUCGCGAUUUACUAGAAAUCCUCGUCGAACAUGGGGGAGAUGCUAAUGUUAAUGAUCAGGACGGAGAGACGCCCUUGUUUGUUUGCGAAAAGAUAGAAGUUGCUCAAGAUUUAAUUGAAAAAUAUAAAGCGGAUGCUUGUGCUAAAAACAACGAUGGCUUGAUUGCCGCGCAAGUUGUUGAAGAAAAUGGGGAGUUUCCCGAGCUGGCCUCCUACCUUUACACGUUUAGUGAUUUAGAACCUAAUAAUGGCAAUAUGCCCAAGGAUACGAAGUUAGAGUAUGCCCAGUACUUAAGUCCUCAGGAAAUGGAUGAGGCUGCUGGACAGCCUUUGCUUGAUCAAAAUCGGAAAGCAGAAAUAGACCGAAUCCUGGCACUUAGAGAAAGCGGCGUCAACAUUGAUGAUCAAUUACGUGAAGUACUUCAAGGAGCUUUUUCUGAACAUUUUGAAAGGAAUGUUCGAUCUCGCGAACAAUAG